UCUCUCUCUCUCUCUCCAUCGUUGUCGCUUCCUUUUGGCCCCAUCUCCAUCCUCACUAUUAUAUAUAAAGCUCAAAGGCAUUUGGGAUUUGCCGAUCUCAGCUGAAAUUGAUUAAUCAAUCAAUCCAACAUAUACAUAUACAAAUAUAAUAUAAUACGCGAACAGAGGGGAUGAUGGAGAGCGUGUACCAGAGGGUGCGGCGCCUAGCCGCCGGCAAGGCAGUGGUGGUGUUCACGGUGAGCGGCUGCUGCAUGUGCCACGUGGUGAAGCAGCUGCUCUUCGGCCUCGGCGUGGGGCCUUCCAUCGUCGAGCUCGACCACGACAAGGCCGGCGCCGACAUCCACGCCCUCCUUUGCCAGCUCGCCGGUGGCAAGUCGCAGCAGCCGCUCCCGGCCGUCUUUGUCGGCGGGAAGUUCUUGGGCGGCAUCGAGGCCGUGAUGGCCUGCCACAUCAAUGGCACUCUAGUCCCUCUCCUCAAAGACGCCGGCGCUCUCUGGCUCUAACCAUGACUACGCCCGCCGUCGACGACGUCAUCACCGAUCUAACAUAAUCGCCGGCAAAUCUGACAUUGCCCAUGUUAGAAGAUCAUGACAUUAUCAUGCUUUUUAACUAUAUAUCCCAUAUAUUUAUAUAUGUAUAUAUAGCGACAGUGAUGAAUCAUGAAUUAAUUAUUACGUAGAGACCAUAUGUCUCUACUCUGUGGUUCAGACUUCAGAGCUGUUUGGUUGCC